UAUGACUCAACUGCAGAGCUAGACAACCCUUUACAGACAGAAACGCAGCUCAACCCAUCUCCUAGAAAUGGUGAGAAAUAUACUACAUUCAUACAAAUGAUGCUGUAUAUAUUCUGGGUAAGCACCAACUUUGCACCAACUUACCCUAGUGCGGCAUCUUAUCCAUGUGCAUACAAAUUAAGUCAGAUGUAUAUUUUUGUUAAUUACACAGUAUCUUUCCCAGUUAUUAGCUUUGUGUUCCAUACCUCAUUCUGGUUUAUCAUUGCAAUUGUAGAUGCAUCAGUGAGAUCCAGGAAGGACACUGCAGAGUUCGGUAAUGCAUCUCUUUUAAAUACAAUAUAACUUCAGAUAAUAUUCAUAUGAAAUGUGAGACAUAGAAUUGCUAUUUUUCCCCCAUUUUUUCCCCCACCAGAUAUAAAUAAAGCACGCACACAUGAAGGUAAUGCGCUCUGUCAACAGAAUCUGUUUUUUAACUCAAUAAAAAUAUUUUUUAUCUGCCCUAUAUGCCUAAUCUUUAAAUCACUAAAGAUGCAAUUACAAUGAAAAUAAUGAGUGAAUAAAAUAUGUUGUUUUCCUAUUCUCCACAGUGUAUGUUACUCUGGAUGUGGACACAGCUCACCCUAAGCUGAAGAUAAAUGGGAAAUCACUACAUUGGAUAGGUGAAUCAUCGCAGAGAAACAUUGACAUUGAGAACUGUUUUGAUGAAGAGCCUUUUGUGUUGGGCAAUACGGGCCGUGCUUUGAAGACUUACUGGGAGGUGGAUGUGAAGGAGAAGGAUGACUGGGUGCUUGGCGUUGCCAAGGCAACGGCUCACAGGAAGGGGCCGUUGGCUUUCAGACCAAAUGAUGGCUUCUGGGUAAUCAGACUAUCCAAUGGACAAAGACUUAAAGCCAUGGAGGAUGAAGAACGUGUUCUUGACGUAGGAAUUCCAGAUAAAGUCGGUAUCUAUCUGGAUUAUCCGGAAAGGAAGGUGACUUUCUUUAGUGCAGAAGAUGGUUCCCUCAUCCACUCAUUUACCAAUGGACCAAGUUAUGAGGAUGAUGUCCUCCCACUUUUCUCACCCUGGAACAAUGAUCCAAAACCAAUCACAAUUUUGUAAAUCACGGCAACAUAAAAAAACAUAAUUCAUCACAUUCCCUGUCUGUCAAUAGUUUAUCGUGGUAUAAAGCUAUGUCAAUCAUUUUCGAUUAAAUACUAUAAAGAAUUGUGGAUUCAUCAAUAUUGUGAAGAACGGGCGGCAGGUAGCUUAGUGGUUAAGAGCGAUGUGCCAGUAAUCGAAAGGUCGCUGGUUCUAAUCCCCGAGCCGACUAGGGGAAAAAUCUGUUGAUGUGCCCUUGAGCAAGGCACUUAACCCUAAUUGCUCUGGAUAAGAGCAUCUGCUAAAUGACUAAAAUGUUGCGUUCCAUAUUCUUUAUCAAUGUAUUAUACAUUCAUUAUUUCAGUAGUUUAUUGUGUGUGACAUUAAACAAGCAUUUUUGUUUUAAAACAUGAAAUGUUGAUUUGUGAAAAAUACAGAAUCUUAUUUGGUAUCUGAAUGUAGA